CGCCGGGCUGCGCUUCGCCCGCCGCCUGUCCCAGGAGCUGCUGAAAUGGGUUGUGGAUUGAAUAAACUAGAGAAGCAUGAUGAAAAACGACCUGGUAACAUCUAUUCAACUUUGAAGAGGCCCCAGGUAGAAACCAAGAUAGAUGUUUGCUAUGAAUAUCGAUUCCUGGAUUUCACGACACUAAAUGAUACUGAGCUGCCAGGAUCAUCUGCAAUCAAGCUCUCCUCCUUGCGUGAUCUUCCAGCUCAGCUGCAAGAAUUGUACCAGCAGGGCUUCAUCUUGGCUGCUGUCCACCCUUUCGUGCAACCAACUGAUGAAAAAGAGAAAACUCCCCAGGAACAAAUCUUCAGAGCUGUGCUUAUCAAGAAAACAGAAAGGUCUCCAAAAGGUGACAUCCAUAGUGAAGGAUAUGUCUUGGAGGUAGAGUGCUGCUCCUCUUUAAACCAACUUUCAGACAAAAAGGAGAUACCUGAUUUUAUUAAGAAAAUUCAAGAUGCUGCAAGUCAAGGCUUGAAAUUUGUUGGAAUUAUACCUCAGUACCAUUCCCAAAAGAACUGUCUUGUCAGCACCUCCCUGACACCCGCCAGUAACAACUCUGUGCAAUCAAGAGAUAAUAAAAACGUUUCAAAUUACCCUGAGGAUCAUGCUUCACCGGAUGGCGAGAAAAUAGAUGGUAUUAAUGGAUGUAAUACUCCAGCACCGAGUGAGGAAAGUGCUGACCAAUGUGCCACAUCCAGGGAGGGCUGGAGAGGUGAAGGACAGGCUACUGAAGAGCUGAAUCUCAAGUCUGCGAAGGGAAACGAAGAACAUGCGAACCCAAGUGUAAGAGAAACAGCAGACAAGCCAAAUGGACUUGCAGAGAAUGAAACACCAGCACCAUGCUUAAAACCACUUACUGGCAAAGCAGAGAUCUUCAUUCUCUUCAACAAGCCAAAAACCCCACAAAGAUGCAGCCAGUAUUACACAGUGACUAUCCCUAUGAGGAUCUCCAGGAAUGGGCAGACUGUCAACAGCUUAGAAGCAAAUUGGCUGGAGCACAUGACAGAUCACUUCAGGAAAGGAGGCUCAUUGGUAAAUGCCAUCUUCAGCCUUGGAAUGGUAAAUGAUUCUUUACAUGGGACAAUGGAUGGAGUAUUUCUCUUUGAAGAUGUUACUGUGGAAGACAGUAAAACCAUGCAGAGCUAUGAUGCAAUUGUUGUAGAGCAGUGGACUGUCCUGAAGGGAGUUGAAGUGCAGACAGAUUACGUUCCGCUGCUGAAUUCCCUUGCCAUGUACGGCUGGCAGCUGACAUGCGUGCUUCCUACUCCAAUUGUGAAGACAAACAGGGAGGGGAAUUUAUCUACAAAGCAAAUUGUAUUUCUUCAGAGACCUUCUUUGCCCCAGAAAGCAAAGAAGAAAGAAUCUAAGUUUCACUGGAGGUUCUCCAAAGAAGACAUGCACAACAAACAUACAAAGAAAUCCACGAAGGCUAAAUUAAGUACUAGGGAGAAGCAAAUGGCAGAGGAGAAGCAGGAAUUUGAAGUCACAGAAAACACAAGAAACUUGGAAGCACAGAUCUCAACAGCAGCCAAGCCUGAUCCAGAACAGCAGCUGGAUGAUGUCAUAGACUUGGGAGAUGAGGUAGCAGGGACCAACGACAGAGGUACCCAUCACGACGGGGCAUCAGAAGAAACAUGUCCUGCCAGUUACGAUACUGAUGACAAUGACGCGCAGGUCUGCCUCAGCCAGAGUACGUCUGGCUGCUGUGCGGAUCAGGUAACAGAGGGGGGAGGCUGUGCUCCAGUCUCGGACGGCUGCACUGGCAGCGAUGGGGCAGGGCUGGCCGUGGACUGCUCCUGUGAAUAACACCUACAUUUCAAGAAUCCUGUGAGUUGCUGAUACUUUGCCAAGACAAAAGAACAGAUUUUGCUAAUCACCAUUGCUAACUCCAUUGCUCAAUUCAGCAUUUCUUUGGCAUUGUACUUACUUAGCUCCUUAGCACACCGAUAUCUUGGUAUUUUAAGUAACUACAGGGCCCGGGCUUUUUAACCCACAGAAAUGAAUUGCAAAAUUCUGUCCACUUUACAGAGUGGGAAAUGCCCUACGCUAUCUCCUAGAGCUACAUUUUAAAUUAAAAAGUGGGGACAGAAAACAUACUCGGGUUUUUCUGUGACCGACCUUAGCAAACUAGGUUUGUAUCUAGGUCAGUGCAAACGUUCCACUUGGUCAGAUUUUACUCUAUAGUACUUUCUUGUCCACGUAUCUUUGCUGGAGAAGUUAUUGUGCCAUAUGUUAUUUUGUCAUUAAGCUUGUAGUGUCAUGAAAAUGGUAUUUGGGCUUAAACAGGCUGAAAUUGGAAAGCUUAGAUAAGAUGGCUGUUAUCUGUAUUUAUCUCAAAUUGCAUACUUACUGAUGAUACUCUCUUCUGAAUUUUAUUAACUCUUGCAGAUCUUUAAGCAAUAAGCAAAUCGUGUGCCUAUUUUAGGCACGCUGGGUAAACAAACCCUGUGGUAAGUUUGUGUGAGGCAGAUGAUUCCAAUAUAAAAUGCCAUUUCCUAGUCACUCGCGUUUAUGUUCUCUUUGCCAGUCAACAGUUUCUCAGUAGUUGUGGGGGUUUCAGAAGAUAGAAAAACAGGGGGGAAAAAAGCAGGUAAAAUGUACAUCUUUCAGUGGCUGUCUUCACUAAAAUUGGAAUUAGACGUUACCUCCUGACCCUUCCAGGUGAUUUUGCAUCACUUCCUCACUGUUAUAAAAUAUGUUGUGGCCAACAAAUGUCACUAAAUGACCUUACAAAAUGCAAAUACCUUAAUAGAGGGUUUUUUUUUAUACAAGUAACCAUAUUUUGGGACUGAUACCUAAUGGAAUUCUGUAAAAUUACCAACAUUUUUAUGUUUGGAGCUACAUUAAAAUAUUUACAAGUGAAUGUACAUGUGUAACAUAGUUUCUGUGCCAAUGUUCUGCAAGUACUUCAGUGUUCUUAAAAAUGUAGGAAGUAGUUGUUUCUCUCUUCUUAACCGCCUUCAUCCCUAUUUAGAAGUGGUCAAGGAAUCUGGGAACAAGGUGAGAAAUACAUUCUAAAUUCCCCUGCUUUUUGUUUUUCUAAAGCAGGAGCUCCAAAAGUGAUUUGCUGUUUUUUCCCUGGACUGAUUUGUGCCUGAUAAUUUUCCUUAGUCUUCAAAUCCAAAUGCUGUACAAAGAACUAUUUUCUGUAUCAAAUGUGCACCUAGAAUGGUUCAAAAGCAUCUUCCAUGCCUAAAAAUUACGCAGUUGGCAGAACAUUGCAGAGAAGGGAAAAAUCAUACCACUUUGAAUAUUCAUCUAAUUGGGACAACGGCACUCAAGUUUAAACCAUUCGAUUUCACACACAAAGCACGGUGGUAUUUUUUGCAUUGAUUAAAGAGUUUUUUAUUUUGAAUUCAGUGGUUUAACCACAGGAUUAUAAGUAACUUCAAUUUCUGGUGGUAUUUUUCAAUUAUUUCAUUCUGUUUCUUGAAAUUAGACUGAAGUUGCAAUAGCCUCAAAAAAUAGGUUGUUUCAGUUGUUCUACUUAAAUACAAGGUCUCUGCUCUGGACAGUUUUAAGUACCUGUUUGCAAAUUUUAUUAGCGUAAGAUCCUUCUACUGAUGGUUUCUAUUUCAAGGACCAGCUUUGUAUUAAUCUUGUUUAAAAAUAUACUGUAUUUAAUGAACAUUUUACUAGUAGAAAGUGUUGCAGUAGAAAGAACUCUCCAAAUACUUCUGAAUAGAAAGUGUUUAUUGGAUUGCAAUUUGACCUUGUUUAACUGGAUCCCAACUGCAUACAAAACUAAAGAAAAAUAAAGGU